ACAAUAUAUGUAGAAACCUUUUUUAGUAUUUAAAUAUGAAAAGUUCUCUAAAGUCUUCUCUUCUUCUCUUCCAAAUUUUCUUGUUUUCCCUUCUUCCAUUGAAGAUCACAGCUUCACCAAGAACACAAGCAGAAGCUCUUAUUCAAUGGAAGAAAAGCUUGUCUUUUUCACCACCUUCUUUAAAUACUUGGUCCACCAACAAUAUUGGCAAUCUAUGCAACUGGACUUUUAUCACUUGUGAUAGCUCUAUGAGAAUGGUGUCUGAAAUCAACCUCAUUAGUGCAAACAUCAUGGGAACAUUAGCCCAGUUCCACUUCAGCCCAUUUUCCAAUCUGACUCGCUUCGACCUCCACAAUAAUAGUCUUGUUGGAUCAAUACCACCAGCCAUUGGCAACCUAUCCAAGCUCACUCACUUGGACUUGAGUUAUAACAGUUUGGUAGAUAUUAUGCCAUCAGAGAUAGGGCAGUUGAAGGAGCUUCAGUUUCUCAACCUUUUCAACAAUAGUCUUAACAGCAGCAUCCCCUAUCAAGUUACCCAUCUUCAAAAGGUAAGGUACUUGAAUCUAGGAUGGAAUUCCUUAACAACACCUGAUUGGUCGAAGUUCUUGGGCAUGCCAUCGUUGAUUCAUCUUGAAUUUUCAUUUGAUGAUUUGAAAUCAAAUUUCCCUUAUUUCAUCAUCAAUUGUCCAAAUCUUACUUUUCUAAACUUGUCAUUCAAUUCCUUGACUGGAGCUAUACCGGAAUUAGUGUUCACUAAUCUGGUUAAGCUUGAGGCCUUGAGUUUUAGUCAUAAUAAAUUCCAAGGUCCAAUCCCAUCUUCUUUAGAUCAACUCAAAAACCUCAAGAUACUUGAUCUUAGUUCCAAUUUCUUAAAUUCUACCAUACCUUUUGGUCUUGGUUCUUGCAUUAAUCUCACCUUUUUGGCGUUAGCCAACAAUCAACUCACUGGGCAAUUACCUCUAUCCUUCUCUAAUCUCUUAAAAAUCUCCAAGUUGGGUUUGUCUGACAAUUUUCUUUAUGGUCAAAUUCCACCCUCUCUUAUUGGCAAUUGGACCCAAUUGAUCUCAUUACAACUUCAAAACAAUAAUUUUACUGGUAAGAUUCCAUCUGAAAUCGGCUUAUUGACAAAGCUGAGGUUUCUCUAUCUGUAUAACAACAAGCUCUCUGCCUCUAUUCCCUUAGAGAUAGAGAAUUUAAAGAAUCUUGUACAAUUAGAUCUUUCAGGAAACCAACUUUCUAGCUCAAUUCCUCUAACACUUUGGAGUCUCCCAAACCUUCAAAUACUGCGCCUCUUUGGUAAUAAUCUCACUGGCAUUAUCCCUCCAGAGAUUGGAAAGAUGGUAUCUCUACAAUCUCUUGAUCUUAACACAAACCAACUAAAUGGGGAAUUGCCAGCAAACAUUUCGAGCCUUACCAAUUUAGGUGCAAUCUCUUUGUUCAACAAUAAUUUCUCAGGUAGCAUCCCUAGAGAUUUUGGGAAAUACAGUCCCUCAUUGAGGUAUGUGAGCUUCUCAAACAAUAACUUCUCUGGAGAACUACCACCCGAAUUGUGUAGUGGCUUCCUCCUUGAAAAUAUCACUGUCAAUGGCAACAAGUUCACUGGCUCAUUGCCAACUUGCCUUAAGAAUUGUACAAGUUUAAAAAGGGUCCUGUUUGAUGGGAACCAAUUUACAGGUGACAUCACAAAUGCAUUUGGGGUUCAUCCAAACCUAGAUUUUAUUUCUCUAAGGGAUAAUCAAUUUACCGGUGAAAUGUCUUCGCAAUGGGGGGAAUGCCAAAAUCUCACCAAUCUACAAAUGGAUAGGAAUAGAAUUUUUGGCCAAAUACCUGCAGAGCUUGGUAAAUUGAACCAGCUGCGUAUUCUUAGUCUUAGCUCCAAUGAUUUAUUUGGGAAUAUUCCUGAUGAAUUGGGAAAUUUAAGCAAGUUGUUCAAUUUAAGUCUUAGCAAGAAUCAUUUGACCAACCAUAUACCUCGAGAUAUAGGGGACUUGCAAAAUCUUAUAUAUCUUGAUUUGUCAGAGAACAACUUGACUGGAAGUAUACCAGAAGAGUUUGGGAAUUUUAAAAACUUACUGAGAUUGGAUUUAAGCCACAACAAUAUAUCCGGUGAUAUCCCACAUGAGCUUGGAAACUUAAUUUCAAUUCAAAUCAUACUUGAUCUAAGCAGCAAUUCACUUUCAGGAGCAAUCCCACAAGAUUUGUCAAAGCUUGCAUCAUUGGAGAAUUUUAAUGUUUCACAUAAUCAUCUCUCUGGUAAGAUUCCAGCAAGCUUGUCUAGUAUGAUUAGUCUCCUCACCUUUGACUUCUCCUAUAAUGAGUUGACAGGUCCAAUUCCAACUAGUAGGCAAUUUCAAAAUGCUUCUAGUGAAGCCUUUGUUGGAAACUCAGGUUUAUGUGGAAAUGUUAAUGGAUUGACCCCUUGUAGUUCUAGUUCCAGGAACAACAAGUCUAGCAAGAUUAACACCAAGGUUCUUACUAUUGUCUUGGUUCCUAUUUGUGCCAUCUUAGCUCUAAUAUCUAUUGCUAUAAUGAUUCUAAUGCAUCGUGGUCGCAACAAACUACAUGAUGAGGAAGCUAAAAGAAGGUCUAGGAGUGAUGAGACAAUGAUAUGGGGAAAGGAAAGGAAAUUCACAUUUGGUGAAAUUGUAAAAGCUACAGAAGAUUUUGAUGAUAAGUACUACAUUGGAAGAGGAGCAUUUGGAAGUGUUUACAAAGCCUUGUUGUCCAGAGGUCAAGUUGUUGCUGUUAAAAAACUUAGUAUACCAAACUCUAGUGAUAUUCUAGCUACAAAUCUCCAAAGUUUUGAGAAUGAGAUUCGUGUUCUGACAGAAAUUAGGCAUCGGAAUAUUAUUAGGCUAUAUGGAUCCUGUUCAGUAAGUGGAUGCAUGUAUUUGGUUUAUGAAUAUGUUGAGAAAGGAAGUUUGAGAAAUGUACUAUAUGGAGUUGGAGAAGUGGAGCUAGGAUGGGCUACAAGGGUGAGAAUUGUGAAAGGAUUGGCUCAUGCCCUUGCAUAUUUGCACCAUGACUGCUCUCCCCCCAUUGUUCAUCGAGAUAUCUCUUUGAAUAACAUCUUGCUUGAGUCAGAACUUGAGCCAAAACUCUCUGAUUUUGGCGUAGCAAGGUUCCUAGAUCCAAAUUCUUCCAACUGGACAAUAGUUGCUGGAUCGUAUGGUUACAUGGCACCAGAGCUUGCACUCACAAUGCGAGUAACAGAUAAAUGUGAUGUUUAUAGCUUUGGUGUGGUAACAUUAGAAGUUAUAAUGGGAAGGCAUCCAGGGGAGCUUUUGAACUCUUUAUCAUCACCAACAUUUUCAUUAGAUAACAAUGAGGUGCUUCUACAGGAUGUACUAGACCCUCGACUACCAUCUCCCACUCGCCAAAUAGCAAAGGAGGUUGUGUUUGUCGUCAAGAUCGGGUUAGCCUGCACGCGGAUGGUGCCAGAGUCUCGACCCACCAUGCGAUUUGUGGCACAAGAAUUGUCAACAAGAAAACAAGCCUGCUUGGUAGAACCUCUAGAGACAAUAACCAUUAGCAAGCUCAUUUCUGGCCAUUAGAAAUAGAAUGAAAGAUAGACUUGCGUGUGUAAGUUGCAAUUUGGUAAAAUCAUAGACAUUACCAACCAAAUCCUAGGUUUGAAUUUUAGUCUUUCUUUAUAAAUAAGAUUUUAGGUAAAACCAUAGACUGUGCGUUUAAUUUUCGUUUCAUAUGUAUAUAAGAAUGUUACAAAUAAAAUUAUGAGGUUAUU